AUGUGUUUGCGGUCUGUUCAAUACAGUCCUAUCCACUGUUAUCUUAAAUUGUCCUUUUCCAUUUCAUUAGAGGCAGAUAGACUUUUCUUGAAAGAUCUCAGUCAGUUGGUCACAAGUGAAUUGAAUCAAAGGAUCAAGACUGACGCUACUGCAAUGGAAAAAGUCUCCUUUUUUUCCGGUUUAAAAGGUGAUCCAUUCUCUUUCUCUUUCCUUCCCAUUGAACAUUUCUUUCCUGACACUACUGUGAGCGUGUUGAAAGAAUGCUUUGAGGUCUUACAAUUGAAGGAUCUCGCUGAGAUUCUAGCAAAAGUGAAACCACGUGCACUUUGUCCCGCGCUGUCUUCGGAGCAAGUUGAAAAAUUGCAACUCGGUGAUCGUCGCACGAAAAACUACAGCAACAUGGCAGUUGUGGUAGUUGAUGUUAGCAGUGAAAAAGACACUGCAAAAAUGAUCGAAACAUUUUUUAAAGAUCUAAACCCAAGAAACGAAGUAGGUGUAAUACCAUUUACUAAUCUGAGAGAGAAGUAUCUAAUGCGGGAGAAUAUAGAGGAGGGGGAGCAGUUGGAGAUGUUCGCGGUGGCCAAGGAGAAGGAAAUCAGAUAUGGGUUAGAAAUCCAACUUCCUAAAAUGAAAAACAGGAUUGAGGGGGAAGACCAGGAGAAGAGCAAAAGCCCCGAAGAAGAAAGCGUGCGGAAAGUAGGUGGCCCUCCGUGGAUUGAUUCACAUCUUUCGAGAUUGAGGGUGAAAUCUAUUACAAACCUCAAAGAGGAAGAACUUUUCCUGAGAAAACGACCAGAGACCCAACUAACUUUUGGGGACAUUGACAUUGAAUGUGCUCCGUUACCAAGUUGGCUGGGUGUUCUGCGUUCUAGCUGUACAGUAGUAUCAAGGUGCUGUGGAUUUGGUAAUGUUGGUCUUCACACCUGUUGUCAUCUUCUUCACCAUGCAGGAGCUAGGUGUAUUGGGAUCAUGGAGAGAGAUGGAAAUCUCUUCAACACCAAUGGAAUAGAUCCUAAAGAACUUCAGAACUAA